GGCCGGCCGGCCGGGGGAGCCCGGGAGAGAGGAUGCGGCGCCUGGCCCUCGCUCCCGCCGGUCCCGGGGACAGGAUGGAGAGUCAUGUGCCGGCCACCCAGGAGGAGGAGGCCACCUACCACCAUGAGCAGCACCCUGUCACCCACAGACUUCGACAGCUUGGAGAUCCAGGGCCAGUACAGUGACAUCAACAACCGCUGGGACCUGCCCGACUCGGACUGGGACAAUGACAGCAGCUCAGCCCGCCUCUUUGAGAGGUCUCGAAUUAAGGCCCUGGCAGAUGAGCGAGAAGCCGUGCAGAAGAAAACCUUCACCAAGUGGGUGAACUCGCACCUGGCCCGGGUGACGUGCCGGGUGGGAGACCUGUACAGUGACCUCCGGGAUGGACGUAACCUCCUGAGGCUCCUCGAGGUGCUCUCGGGAGAGACACUGCCAAAGCCCACGAAAGGCCGAAUGCGGAUCCACUGUCUGGAGAACGUGGACAAGGCACUGCAGUUCCUGAAGGAGCAGAAAGUACACUUGGAAAACAUGGGCUCCCAUGACAUUGUGGACGGAAACCACCGUCUGACCCUUGGGCUGGUCUGGACCAUCAUCCUUCGGUUCCAGAUCCAAGACAUCAGCGUGGAAACAGAAGACAACAAGGAGAAGAAGUCGGCCAAGGAUGCCCUACUGCUGUGGUGCCAGAUGAAGACUGCGGGGUAUCCCAAUGUGAACGUGCACAACUUCACCACCAGCUGGAGGGACGGGCUGGCCUUCAACGCCAUCGUGCACAAACACCGGCCGGAUCUGCUGGAUUUUGAGUCGCUGAGGAAGUGCAAUGCACACUACAACCUGCAAAAUGCGUUCAAUCUGGCUGAGAAGGAGCUGGGGCUCACAAAGCUGCUGGAUCCCGAAGAUGUGAAUGUGGACCAACCAGACGAGAAAUCAAUCAUCACUUACGUGGCUACUUACUAUCACUACUUCUCCAAGAUGAAGGCCCUGGCUGUGGAAGGCAAAAGGAUUGGCAAGGUAUUGGACCAUGCCAUGGAGGCCGAGCGCCUGGUGGAGAAGUAUGAGUCCCUGGCCUCAGAGCUGCUGCAGUGGAUUGAGCAAACAAUUGUCACCCUCAAUGACCGGCAGCUGGCCAACUCCCUGAGUGGGGUCCAGAACCAGCUGCAGUCCUUCAAUUCCUACCGCACCGUCGAGAAGCCACCCAAGUUCACUGAGAAGGGGAACUUGGAAGUUCUGCUCUUCACCAUCCAGAGCAAGCUGCGGGCCAACAAUCAGAAGGUCUACACGCCCCGCGAGGGCCGGCUCAUCUCUGACAUCAACAAGGCUUGGGAGCGGCUGGAGAAAGCGGAGCACGAGCGCGAGCUGGCCCUGCGCACCGAGCUCAUCCGCCAGGAGAAGCUGGAGCAGUUGGCCGCCCGCUUCGACCGCAAAGCCGCCAUGCGGGAGACCUGGCUUGGCGAGAACCAGCGCCUCGUGUCCCAGGACAACUUCGGGCUGGAGCUGGCGGCCGUCGAGGCGGCCGUGCGGAAGCACGAGGCCAUCGAGACGGACAUCGUGGCCUACAGCGGCCGGGUGCAGGCCGUGGAUGCCGUGGCCGCCGAGCUGGCGGCUGAGCGCUACCAUGACAUCAAGCGCAUCGCGGCGCGGCAGGACAACGUGGCGCGCCUCUGGGACUUCCUGCGGCAGAUGGUGGCCGCCCGGCGGGAGCGGCUCCUCCUCAACCUGGAGCUGCAGAAGGUGUUUCAGGACCUGCUCUACCUCAUGGACUGGAUGGAGGAGAUGAAGGGCCGGCUGCAGUCUCACGACCUGGGCAAGCAUCUGGCCGGAGUGGAGGACCUGCUGCAGCUGCACGAGCUGGUGGAAGCGGACAUCGCCGUGCAGGCUGAGAGGGUGCGGGCCGUCAGCGCCUCUGCCCUGCGCUUCUGUGACCCAGGCAAAGAGUACAAACCAUGCGACCCCCAGCUGGUGUCAGAGCGGGUGGCCUCCCUAGAGCAGAGCUACGAGGCGCUGUGCGAGUUAGCAGCGGCCCGGCGGGCCCGGCUGGAGGAGUCCCGGCGCCUGUGGCGUUUCCUCUGGGAGGUGGGUGAGGCCGAGGCCUGGGUUCGGGAGCAGCAACACCUACUGGCCUCCGCAGAAACUGGCCGGGACCUGACUGGCGUCCUCCGCCUGCUCAACAAACACACGGCCCUGCGGGGCGAGAUGAGUGGCCGGCGGGGGCCCUUGAAGCUGACGCUGGAACAGGGCCAGCAGUUAGUCGCGGAGGGCCAUCCCGGGGCCAGCCAGGCCGCCGCCCGCAUGGCCGAGCUGCAGGCCCAGUGGGAGCGGCUGGAGGCCCUGGCAGAGGAGCGUGCCCAGCGGCUUGCCCAGGCCGCCAGCCUCUACCAGUUCCAGGCCGACGCAAACGACAUGGAGGCCUGGCUGGUGGACGCGCUGCGCCUGGUGUCCAGCCCCGAACUGGGGCACGACGAGUUCUCCACGCAGGCCCUGGCCCGGCAGCAUCGGGCCCUGGAGGAGGAGAUCCGGAGCCACCGGCCAGCCCUGGAUGCCCUGAGGGAACAGGCCGCCGCCCUGCCCCCUGCGCUGAGCUGCACACCAGAGGUGCAGGGCAGGGUGCCUAGCCUGGAACGGCACUACGAGGAGCUGCAGGCCCGGGCAGGCGAGCGCGCGCGGGCCCUGGAAGCAGCCCUGGCGCUCUACACCAUGCUCAGCGAGGCCGGGGCCUGCGGCCUGUGGGUGGAGGAGAAGGAGCAGUGGCUCAACGGGCUGGCCCUGCCUGAGCGCCUGGAGGACCUGGAGGUGGUGCAGCAGAGGUUCGAGACCUUGGAGCCCGAGAUGAACGCCCUUGCAGCCCGGAUCAGUGCCGUGAACGACAUUGCGGAACAGUUGCUGAAGGCCAACCCCCCGGGCAAGGACAGCAUUGUCAAUACCCAGAAGCAGCUCAACCACAGGUGGCAGCAGUUUCGGACCCUGGCCGAUGGCAAGAAGGCAGCUCUGACGUCAGCCCUGAGCAUCCAGAACUACCACUUAGAAUGCACAGAGACCCAGGCCUGGAUGAGAGAAAAGACCAAGGUCAUCGAGUCCACCCAGGGCCUGGGCAAUGACCUGGCCGGGGUGCUGGCGCUGCAGCGGAAGCUGGCCGGCACCGAGCGGGACCUGGAGGCCAUCGCCGCCCGGGUGGGCGAACUGACUCGAGAGGCCAAUGCCCUGGCCGCUGGCCACCCCGCCCAAGCCCCUGCCAUCCAUGCCCGGCUUGGAGAGGUCCAAGCUGGCUGGGAAGACCUGCGGGCCACCAUGCGACGCCGGGAGGAGUCACUGGGUGAGGCGCGGAGGCUGCAGGACUUCCUGCGCAGCUUAGAUGACUUCCAGGCAUGGCUCGGUCGCACGCAGACCUCUGUGGCCUCUGAAGAAGGGCCAGCCACCCUGCCCGAGGCAGAGGCCCUCCUGGCCCAACACGCAGCCCUGCGGGGAGAGGUGGAGCGGGCCCGCGGGGAGUACAGCCGGCUCCGGGCCCUGGGUGAGGAGGUGACCCGUGACCAGGCUGAUCCUCAGUGCCUCUUCCUGCGGCAGCGACUGGAAGCCCUGGGCACCGGCUGGGAGGAGCUGGGCCGCAUGUGGGAGAGCCGGCAAGGCCGCCUGGCCCAGGCCCAUGGCUUCCAAGGCUUCCUGCGGGAUGCGCGCCAGGCCGAGGGCGUGCUCAGCAGCCAGGAAUACGUUUUGUCCCACACGGAGAUGCCAGGGACUCUCCAAGCUGCGGAUGCCGCCAUAAAAAAACUGGAAGAUUUCAUGAGCACCAUGGAUGCCAACGGAGAGCGGAUCCGCGGGCUGCUGGAGGCUGGGCGCCAGCUGGUGUCUGGGGGCAACAUCCACGCCGAGAAGAUCCAGGAGAAAGCCGAUUCCAUCGAGAGGAGGUAUGAUGAAGACAGUGGGUACAUGGGAGCCCUGGUGGGGAAGUGA